AGGUUCUUCUUUUCCUGAAUACUUUGAGGACACAGAUGAAUUCAUAGGCGUCUUUCUUGGUGGCAGCAAAUUAUCUGGGCUAUCAAUGAAGAAAAUGGAUAAAUUUGGAAAACAAGGCAGAUAUGGAUUUGUUAGAACUCGAUUUCCUAGACCCCAAAUCAUCUUACAGCCAGUCCUGUCUUCUGGACACACAGAAGUUUGCAGCACUAGAAAUUGCCCUUGCAAGAUGAAUCACUUUUCCCAGAAGAGCUCCCCAGAGAUUCCACAGUUGGAAUACAGGCUGUCCCAGACAGACUCAUCAAAUAAUCUAGCAAUGGAUACCUUUUGGCUUGAAGUAGAGAGCAUCAAAGAAAGCACUGAAACUGAGUCUGAUGGGGGCAGCCUUUCAGAAGCCAAGCUUCUAGAAGAGGGGGAAGCCGAAGCCGAAUGGCUGCAGGAUGCAGGACUCUCCGACCUGAUGAAGGACCAUGAAGAGAAUAGCAACAUUGUUCUGCUGUCCACUUUGACCAAGACUCAGGCCGCAGCUGUGCAGCGAAGGUUGGAUACUUAUACCCGCUCCCGACGGAAGAAAAAUAAGCCACCUAUCCGUGAUGUCAGAGACGUUUUUGGAGUAGUUGAGUCUGAGGAGACUGAACCAGUGUUGGAGGUUGAAAUGGAUCGACCUCACCGCAGGUCUGCAUCAUCUAAAAACCUUCAGAAAUAUCCCAUGGGAAUCCCGGACUUUCAGUCUCCACUAAGAGAUUCUGUGAGAGAAGAAUUAUUCAGCACUGAAGUUGCCUAUUCAGAGCAGGCUGCAAUUCUGCUUAAAGGAUCAUUCCCAAGGGAAAUCCGGAGAAUAAAGGAAGAGAGUUGUUUGUCUAAGUUUAAGAUCCCUAAGGGGAGGCUAGGAGUAACCAGGACAGAAGAUCUGUCUCUGCAGGACAUGAAGAAAAUUCCUACCCUAGCACUCAUUGAACUAACUGCACUCUGUGAUAUUGUUGGCUUAGAGCUGAAGAGGAACAAGGCAGUUAAACGAAAGUCAUCAGACCAUAAACUUUUUGGAGUUCCACUUGGCACUUUGCUGGAAAAUGAUCAAAAACUUCUUUCAAACACCCAGGUUCCACUGAUACUACAAGCGUUGCUUUCAUGUUUGGAAAAGAAAGGGCUGGAUACAGAAGGAAUUCUGAGAGUUUCAGGGUCACAGUCUCGCAUUAAGUGUUUGGAACAAAAACUGGAAAAUGAGUUCUACAGUGGCUUCUUCCGGUGGGAUGAGGUGCAUCAAAAUGACGUCUCUGGUCUGCUGAAGAGAUUUAUUCGAGAGUUACCCACACCUCUUCUGACAGCAGAAUACUUGCCUGCCUUUGCAGCUGUGCAGAAUAUCCCGGAUUUGAAACAUAGGCUACAGGCUCUCAAUCUGCUGAUACUGAUUUUACCAGAACCUAAUCGAAACACUCUGAAGGCACUGCUGGAAUUCCUUAGGCUGGUAGUUACCAAAGAAAGAAAAAACAAGAUGAGUCUCUGGAAUGUUUCCACUGUGAUUGCUCCAAACCUCUUCAUGCACAAGAGUUUGCCAAGCAAGAUCCCAGAAGGAAAAGAGAAGCAGCUGGCAGAAGGAGCAGCAGAUAUUGUUCGAAUGAUGAUCCAUUAUCAAGCUUUGCUGUGGACUGUUCCUUCUUUCUUGGUAACUCAAAUAAGAAAACUGAAUGAGAACAGCAGCUGGAAGUAUCAGUUCUACGACAGGAAGAUCAAGAAUCUGUUAAGAAAGAUUCAUGCAGACAAGGAAAAGACAGAAAAGAACAACGUUGAACCUUGCAAAAUAGUCAAAAUCCAGGCUUCCUUGUUCUUAAAAGACUCACUGGAAGUUCAUUUAACUCAUGGAACAAAAGUAGCUGAUGUUCUGAGACAGUUCCAGAAGAACCUUGGUCAGAAUGGCUGGAGUAUUGUCAGCACAGUCAACAUAAUCAAAUGUAAUGGUUCAGUGGAUUCGAUGAACUUUCUACUCUAUGAAGUUGGCGGCAACAUAAAUGAACAUUGCCUGGAUCCAGAUACAUAUCUUUUAGACCUGUACCAUGUGAACCCUCAUGCAGAAUGGAUUAUAAGGCAAACACCGUCUUUUCCAAGAACACCUUAGGGAGAGAGACUGCUUCGUAAAAAAAAAAUUACCCAAUGGAACCAAGAAUUUGUAUUAAGUUUUUUAAACAAAGGUGGAACGUUGGAACCAAGCACCAUAUGUUCAUGAAGAUAACAGUUUAAAUGGAGCAGUAGCUCCAAAAUUGGAAUAUUAGCAAUUCCCUUUGAAUGGUCAUUUAAGAUAGCCAAUAGAAGUUGACAAGUGUUGUAUGAUAAGAUGGCUUCUAUCAAAGGAAAGCUGGUAGGAAAAAAGAAGGAUGGAAAGCAUUUGGAAAAACUGAUGCAGAUAAUCUGAUUUUAAGGUUUGUUCACAUGGGAGCAUAUCUCAAUAUGCAACAGCUGGUUAUCAGUGUUGACUUUUAUAAAGUGAAAUUGAAUAUUUGAAUUAAGGUUUCUUGUACAACCAUGUAAUUUUU